AUGAAUCCAGAGUUUCAAAAAUCGCUUCUGGAUAUUCUUCAGAAUCAACAACGGAUUCUCGAUAAACUGAUGGAAAAUCAAACAUCCGCUGGUCAAGACAAUGGAAGUUCGUCAAGCCAACAAUCCACGUUUUCGACCCAGAGGAACAACAAUCAGGAGUUUAUUAUCGAGUAUCUGUCCAGUGGAAUCACAGAGUUCAUGUACGAUCCUGAGAACGGCGUAACAUUUGCAGCGUGGUUCUCAAGGGAUGAAGACUUGUUCCAUGAAGAUGCAAAAAACCUGGAUGAAGCCGCAAAAGUUAGACUUUUGCUUCGGAACAUUGGUACGGUGGCACAUCAAAAGUACAUUAGCUAUAUCCUUCCGAAGAAGCCCAAAGAUCAAAAUUUCGAUCAAACCGUAUCAAUUCUGAAGACCAUUUUCGGACGACAGAUUUCAGUGUUCAACGCAAGAUAUCAGUGUCUACAGCUGUCAAAGAAUUCCAGUGAUGAUUUUUACACUUACGCAGGAAUCGUUAAUCAAAAAUGUGAAGAAUUCAAGCUUAAUGAAGUGACGCCAGAUCAGCUCAAAUGCCUUAUGUACGUGUGCGGCCUCAAAUCACACCGGGAUGCAGACAUUCGCACCACUCUCCUGUCCAGAAUUGAAAGCAAUAAGCCUGAUGAUGAUAUGACGGUACAUAGGUUAGCAGAUGAAUGCCAGCGACUGAUCAAUCUAAAACGCGACACAGCAAUGGUAGAGAAGCAUAGCAGCACGGAGCAAGCAGUAUGUGCCAUAACUCGUACAAAUCCAUCAAGAUUCACUUCCAGCGAUGAACCUAAUGACGUUCCGAGAUCACCAUGUUGGAGAUGUGGAGAAAUGCACUACUCGAAGUACUGUUUCUUUGUCAAUCAUGAAUGUCACACGUGUAAGAAGAUUGGUCAUAAAGAAGGUUAUUGCGCCUGUUUUGAGAAGCCGAUCAAAAAGCAGAAAGAUAAACGAUUCAAGCAAAAGUUUCAAGCACAGGGGGUGUUCACUGUCAAUCAAGUAAAACUAUCGGAUAGACGGAAAGUGGGCUGCUCCGAUAGUAGCUGUGACAAAAACCAAAUGGACGUGUCAGAAUAUGUGCCGACUACUCAACAGGAUUAA